GGUGUGGUAGAAACCUCUGUUCUGCUCAACUGCUGGAGGCUCCGAACAGAAUCAGCUCCGAGCUCACAGCCCAGGCUGCGCAGAGCACACCCGGAGGCCCAAAGUGCCGUCGGGUGAGCAUUCAGUCUUUAGCCAUGGGGUCUGCAGCGUUGGAAAUUCUGGGUCUGGUGCUGUGUCUGGUAGGCUGGGUGGGCUUAAUCCUGGCGUGUGGGCUACCCAUGUGGCAGGUGACUGCCUUUCUGGACCACAAUAUUGUGACGGCGCAGACGACUUGGAAGGGGCUGUGGAUGUCGUGCGUUGUGCAGAGCACCGGGCACAUGCAGUGCAAGGUGUAUGAGUCUGUGCUGGCGCUGAGUGCGGAGGUACAGGCAGCUCGGGCACUCACCGUGGGCGCUGUGCUGCUGGCGCUGGUAGCACUCUUUGUUACCUUGACUGGCGCCCAGUGCACCACCUGCGUGGCCCCGGGUCCAGUUAAGGCACGGGUGGCACUCACAGGAGGAGCGCUUUACGCACUGUGCGGGCUGCUGGCACUCGUGCCGCUCUGCUGGUUCGCCAACAUCGUGGUCCGCGAGUUCUAUGAUCCGGCGGUGCCGGUGUCUCAGAAGUAUGAGCUUGGCGCUGCGCUUUACAUCGGCUGGGCAGCCUCCGCACUGCUCAUGUGCGGCGGCGGCCUCGUUUGCUGCGGUGCCUGGGUCUGCUCCGGGCGCCCAGAGUUCAGCUUCCCGGUCAAGUACUCGGUGCCGCGGCGGCCCACGGCCAACGGCGAUUACGACAAAAAGAACUACGUCUAAGGGCGGGAAGCAUGGCGGGGCUCUCCCCGCAGCUAAGCCCGCGAUGGGAAAGACUGAUGCGGGACGCCGCGUGUGGAUGACGACCACCACAGGGUUGCACAGCGCAGACUUGAGGCAAGUCAAGCUGGGUUCGGACGAGACUUGCCUGCUCUUACAGAAGGUCCGUUGACCGGCACUAUCCAGGCCCUGCUCAGAACAGACUACAGACAAGUCCUUGUGAGGACUUGACGGACCUUUUCUUCUAUGCACAGUUGGCCAUGAUGUGGGGUGGAACUCUUUAAGAUUUAAUCGGUCAAGUAGACACCAAACUGCCUCUAACUCUUCCUAUUGAGAGACCCUGGGGAGCGCUGGAUGCUAUCUUAAUGUUCAGUGGCACCUGUUGACCUGAAAGGGCAGCUGGAGAAACCCUGGGUUUGCCAGAGGGAUGUGUUUAAAAGGGCAUUUUCUUUGUUAGUGGAGAGGAACCUACUGAAUCAAAGGGCUUGGCCCGGACCUGGUCUCACUCCAGCACUCCCCCGAGGGGGGGGGGGGGGGCCUGUAGGUACCCGAGCCUUAGAGGGGUUGCCUUCCUCCUCGAAGCUUGGGGUUUGGGGGGUGGGCCGGGCAAGAAUUUGCUUAGUAAAUGGUUUGAACACUUUCAA